AUGAAGAUGUACGUGGAAGAAAAAGGAGGCGAAGAGCAAGAAGCACCCAAAAAAACGGGGGAAACGUCUUCUGGUGGUUCUGGUGGUUCGAUUGGGUGGUGGUGUGCUCGUCAAGUUGUCUAUCUGAUGAUAGAGACAGAGAAAGAGAGAGAAAAAAAGGUUUUGAGAAAAGGCUUUGAAUAA